AUCACCCAAAUAGUUUUCUAUCUCAUCCAACAUUAAUUUUGUUAAGGACUUAAUUUUAUUUUAUUUCUUGUGUUCUUUAUUUUUUUUUCCCCAAUGGCUCAAACAAGAAGUUCAAGAUCAAAUAGAAAUUUUUUUUAUAUUUUAGGCUCGUUCAAUAUUUUGAUGUUGUUACAAAAUGCCAAUUGUUAUGAGCUCAAAGUUGGUGGUUCUGGAGAUUGGAGUGUCCCUAUGGAUGCCAAUGCCAAUACUUACAAUCAAUGGGCUGAGAGGAGUAGAUUCCAAAUUGGUGACACUUUAUCUUUUAACUACUCACCUGAUAAAGACUCAGUGCUUCUUGUAAACAAGGCAGACUUUGACAAUUGCAACACAGCUUCUCCUCUUGAGAAGUACAGUGAUGGACAUAGUGUGGUUAAGCUUAACCAUUCUGGACCAUACUACUUCAUCAGUGGUGUUCAUGACAACUGUGUCAAGAAUCAAAAGUUGCAUCUUGUGGUCAUGGCUGAUAGAAGCAACAACAAAACAGGAGCUUCUUCUCCUCCUCCUUCUCCAUCAGCAGAUGAUGUUCCUCCGUCUCCGGCCCCUUCGGGCGAGGAGGCGCCAUCACCACCAACCAACCCAACUCCAGCACCUUCUCAAGAAUCAUCACCUCCUUCUCCACCUAAGAAUGGCGCUUCGUCCAUCGUUAUGAGCUUUGUUGGCUCUACCGCAGCUUUUGUUGGUUCAUCCAUACUGCUGGGAUUCUGAUAAAGAGUUGGUUGAAUUGUUUGUAUUUAUUUUGUAUUUGAUUGUUUGUACUUCAUUUUUUGGGCUUUAUGUUUCAUGAUUUUCCUACUUUGUUCUCAGUGAAUGUAGCUGAGAGAAAUUGGUUUGUAUUGGUUCUGUGAUGAAAAUAAAUAAACUGAAUGUUUGUGUA